AUGAAUCGACUCUUCGGAAGCAAAGCCGCCAAACCAAAACCGUCUCUCACCGAUGCCAUCGCCUCCACCGAAACACGGGCCGACUCGGUCGAAGUCAAGAUCCGCAAACUCGAUUCCGAGCUCACCCGCUAUCGCGAUCAGAUGCGCAAGAUGCGCGACGGACCCGGCAAGACCGCCAUCCAACAACGCGCACUCCGCGUCCUCAAACAGAAACGUCUCUACGAGAACCAGCUCGCGCAACUCCAACAACAAUCGUACAACAUGGAGCAGGCUACCAUGACAACUGAAAACCUGCGAAAUACCAUGGCGACGUUCGACGCGAUGCAAACCGCCAACAAGGAGAUGAAGAAGACGUACGGCAAGAUCGAUUUGGACAAGAUCGAGAGUAUGCAGGAUGAGAUGGAGGAUCUGAUCGAAGCGGCGAAUGAGGUUCAGGAGACGCUGGGGAGGAGCUAUGGCGUGCCGGACGAGGUGGAUGAGGAGGAUCUCCAGGCCGAACUCGAUGCGUUGGAGGCAGAAGGUGGAUGGGAGGAAGAAGGGGAGAGCAUGCCGAGCUAUUUGCAGAGCAAUCAGGAGUUGCCGGACUUUGUCGAUGAGCUGCCAAACGAGGGAUUGGGAGCAGGCGAGAACAAGGAGCAGGAACAGGCGCUAAGGGCGGCGUAG